UCUUUCUCCACCACCUCCUCUUCUUCCUCUCCCUCCUCCCCUUCCUCCUCCUCUCCUUCCUCCUUCUUAUCUUGCCAUUUUCUCAUCCCAAGCACCAUAAAGGAGGUUUCUGGUGUUGUUGGGACACCAAGUCUUCUCCAGGGUUCUCAGAGAGUCUGCUCCUCCCACAUUGCCAUGGCAGUCACACCAUCAAUCAAAUCAAAUCAGGGCUCCAGCAGCCAAGAUGGGAAGGGCCCAAGCACUUUGCAGUCCCUGCCAGUCACUGGGUCCUUGUUUAAAGAUGCCAUAGAAGAUAAGGUGGCUGAUCUAGUGGGGUUCCUGCUCCUCAAAUAUCGCACAAAGGAGCUAAUCACAAAAGUAGAAAUGCUUAUUGUAAUCAAAGAUUACCUGGACCACUUCCUUGUGAUCCUCAGCCAAGCCUCUGAGUGCCUCCAGCUGGUCUUUGGCAUUGAUGUGAAAGAAUUGGACCCCAUCAGCCACUCUUAUGUCCUGAUCAACACCUUGGGCCUCACCUACAAUGGGAUGCUGAGUGGUGACCAAAGUGUGCCCAAGACUGGCCUCCUUAUAAAUAUCUUGAGUGUGAUCUUCAUGGAUGGCAACUGUUCCCCUGAGGAGAACAUCUGGGAAGUGCUGAGUGUGAUGAGGCUGUGUGCUGGGAGGAAGCACUUCAUCUAUGGGGAGCCCAGGGAGCUCAUCACCAAAGCGUGGGUGCAGGAGGGGUACCUGGAGUACCGGCAGGUGGCCAACAGCGAUCCCGCUCGCCACGAGUUCCUGUGGGGUCCUCGGGCCCAUGCAGAGACCAGCAAGAUGAAAAUCCUAGAGCUUUUGGCCAAAAUAAAUGGUACCAUCCCCAAUGCCUUUCCUAUCUUGUAUGAGGAUGCUUUGAGAGAUGAGGAAAAGAGAUCUCAAGCCAGAGUUGCAGCCAGGGCCAGUAGUAGGGUCAGGGCCAGUGGUAGGGUCAGAGCCACUGGUAGGGCCAGGGCCAGGGUCACACCCAACAGCUUCUGUCGCCACAAGUGAAGUCUGAGGCAGAUUAUUCACUCAGUUUGAAGAGAAUAGUCACCAUUCUAAGUAGUGAAGAGGCAGGAUGGGGCUUGAGAGGAUUGAGUAUAUAACACCUUUGUGUUUCUGCUAUGUAAGAGUAAUUUGGAGAUUAUUUUUUCUCUUUUGGUAUUUUUCAAAUGUUGUUCCUAUUAAUAGAAAGUUUAAUUAAGUUCAAAUUCUGAGUUUACAAAUGACAUUGACCACAAAUGCGUUGCUGUUUAUGCAAGAAGUGAGUAUUUUGCCUAUUUUGUAGCUACAGUUAUUUUGUACUACUUUUGUCUUUUAACCUUCAUACUAGCUUUAUAAAUGAUUAAUACACUACCUUUACUAUAUAUUUACAUUUACAAUGAGAUUUAUACUUUCAUAUGUUUUCUUGUUACUAAUUAGCAACCUUUAUUUCCACUUAAAGAAGUCCCUUUAACAUUUCUCAUAAGGCUGGUUUAGUGGUAAUGAACUCCUUUAGCUUUUGCUUGAAUGGAAAACUCUCUCCUUCAAUUCUGAAAGAUAACUUUGCUGGGUAGAAUAUUGUUGCUUGGAAGUUUUUCUUUCCUUUCAGUCCUUUGAAUAUAUCAUGUCACUGUAUUCUGGCCUGUAAAAUUUCUGCUGAAAAAUCUGCUAUUGUUCUUAUGGAGGCUCCCUCACAUGUAACAAGUUGCUUUUCUCUUGCUGCUUUUAACAUUUUCUACAUUUCGCUAUUUUGUAAAAUUAAUUGGGAAACUUUCCAUCUUAUUUUGUGAUAUUGAACAACAUAACAUGGCAUUGGAAAAGAACUUUCCUUGGAAAUGUGAAAGAAGACUGCACUAAAAUAGCUGGUAAAUAGAGGAAUCGAGAAAAAAAGAAAAAAAUGGUAAAUUCUUGCCUUCCCUUA